GCUUCCUUGCAACUGUACCUGCGAGAGAGAGCCCUGGUCGGUUGCUCCCAAUACAGGAAAGGAAAAUUCUCAAUUGGAAAGUUGUACUCUCUCUCUCUCUCUCUCUCUCUCUCUCUACAUAGAGGCGGCCCAAAAGAACCCUACGGUUUUCAAUUCCAGUGCAUUCGAAGAUUCGCAGCUUCCUUCAACCAGUUUAAGGAGACAACAGACCGAUGAUGUUGGGCAUUUUAAGGCGAAGAGCAGUUUCUCAAGGAGGCUCGUCUUCUUCGGUUUUGGGUCAAUCUCUUCGUUGCAUUCGACCUGCUGCACCUGGACUUCACUCAACUGCUGGAGGAGAGAUUCUACCUCAGCCUAGAGAAUUUGGGCAUGUCCGAAGCUUGUGUCACAUGACUCGCAUCAUUUCACCAGGCUGCUCAACGAGUUCACGGUCAAUAAGGGAAUUUACUGCCUGUUUUCACCCGAAGGUUACCAUGCAGAUACAACACAGGGUGUUUUCUUCUGACAAUGGUGAUGUGGUUGAUGCUGUUGUGCCUUUCAUGGGUGAAUCUAUAAGUGAUGGAACUCUUGCGAAAUUUUUGAAGAAUCCUGGUGACAGAGUGGAAGUUGAUGAACCAAUUGCCCAAAUUGAAACAGAUAAGGUGACAAUCGACGUAGCAAGCCCUGAAGCAGGUGUAAUCCAAAAGUUUGUGGCGAAAGAAGGGGAUACUGUGGAACCUGGUACUAAGAUUGCUGUCAUUUCAAAGUCCGGUGAAGGUGUAGCCCAUGUUGCUCCAUCUGAGAAGACAUCUGAUAAAGCGGCUUCUCAGCCACCUCCUCCUGCUGACAAGAGUGAUGAGGGUAAGCCAAAGCCUAAAGUUGAAAGUGCUUCUGCUCUAGAGAAGCCCAAGAAGGCAACUUCUCCUCCUCCCCCUCCUCCUAAGCGUUCUGCUACAGAACCUCAGCUUCCCCCAAAAGAAAGGGAAAGACGAGUUCCUAUGACAAGGCUCAGAAAACGUGUUGCAACCCGUUUGAAAGAUUCUCAAAACACUUUCGCACUUUUGACAACAUUUAACGAAGUUGAUAUGACCAAUUUGAUGAAACUCCGGUCUGACUAUAAGGAUGCUUUUCUGGAAAAGCAUGGAGUCAAGUUGGGACUUAUGUCCGGGUUUGUGAAGGCUGCUGUUAGUGGGCUCCAGAAUCAACCUAUUAUCAAUGCUGUUAUCGAUGGAGAUGAUAUAAUCUACAGAGACUAUAUAGACAUUAGCAUAGCCGUUGGUACACCAAAGGGUCUUGUUGUUCCAGUUAUCCGCAAUGCUGAGAAGAUGAAUUUCGCUGAGAUAGAGAAAGAGAUCAACACCCUUGCGAAGAAGGCUAGUAAUGGAACCAUAUCAAUUGACGAGAUGGCUGGAGGUUCAUUCACUAUAUCUAAUGGUGGUGUUUAUGGAAGCCUUUUAAGCACCCCCAUCAUCAACCCCCCUCAGUCUGCGAUCCUGGGCAUGCAUACUAUCGUGUCCCGUCCGAUGGUCGUUGGAGGAACCAUAGUACCAAGACCAAUGAUGUACAUUGCUCUGACAUAUGACCAUAGGCUGAUUGAUGGGAGAGAGGCAGUAUUUUUCCUCCGCCGUAUCAAGGAUGUGGUGGAGGAUCCCCGGAGGUUGCUACUUGAUAUAUGAAGACACAGUCGCAAGUCGUGCUUCAUACGUGAUUUGCUGGUAUAUUUUGGAUCUAAAUAUAAUGGGAGUUCAUUAACCAUGAAUGAAUGUCUAGGGUUGGAGUUUUUUUUUUUCUCAACGUUUAUCGUUGAUUCUUCGCAUUAGCGAGUUGUGAAUUGUGAAUUGCGGCUGGCCGGGUUCACAUAUCAAAGAGUUACCUUUUUAGAAUACUUUAUCCAAGUUUUAUCGCCCCAGGAAUCACUUAUAGAAUGAAGACAAUUCAGAGAUUCUAUUUAAGAAGUACGUGACGAAUAUGAAAUGUAUUUCAAUGAUGUUCUCACGCUAAUGGUGACAUUUAGUUUGGAGUAUUUUAAAGUCCAGUGUAGAUUCAUAUACUUGAAGGUGAGUUUCCGUUGUAUUUAUCAAGAUUGCUUUUGGUUCACGCGGCUUUGGAGGCAGGCGAAGUGCAAUAAAUCUUAUUUGGAA